GAGACCCAGCCAUCAUGGCGGCGCGGACAGGGCGGGCGGGAAGCGCGUGGCCCAGGCAGGGCGCCCCGACGGGUGGGAAGAAGGGAGGACAGGGCUUGCUGGCCUCGCGUGGGAGGCUCCUGUGGCUUGGCCGCCGUUGGGGGAGGUUCCUGGGAGAGGGUCGCAGUGAGGAUGCUGUCGUCAGGCGCAGGGGCGGAAAGCCCGGGACCCUGAGGGCCGCGCGGGGAUUGGGCCUCCUUGGUUGUUACCCUUUACCGGCACCUGGCUCGGGGGCAGGGCUAUGGUUUCGCGGAGGAACGGUUUACCAUCCUCGGACGUCCUCGGCACUGCCAAGAUUUAACAUUUUCGAUAAAAUGGUGGAAAUCCUGGGCCGCAUCGAAAUUCCACAGUGCGAAGGUUGGAACCGGAGAACCGUUGAAAAAAAAAUCAGGAAAUGGCUGUUGGACUUGUGGUGUUUUUUACGACCUUCUUAACACCAGCUGCGUACGUGCUAGGCAACCUGAAGCAGUUCAGAAAGAAUUAGAUGAAAGAAGAUGUUGAACAGCUGUUAACGUCCAAAAAACUUUCAGAAAAAGCUGUGUUUUUGUUAACGAGAGCAAGAUUACCUAGUUGAGUGAUGCAACCAUUGUGGUAUUCACUUUCCUCUUGUUUAUGAUGAAUAUUUUGCACUUUUUUAGUACUGUGCGUUAUAUAGAUGUAUAGUGAAAAAUGUUCUGCUUAAGUGUUAAAUAAAACAUUUAUUUGUGCUUGGUAA